AUGGCAUUUGCGGGUACUAUCUACAUUCUGUUGUACACUGAUGAACUUGAGAUUGUGAAUCCACUUGGAUCAAAAAGAGGAGUGCAUAAGCUGUAUGUCGUCUACUUCAGCGUGCUCAAUAUCCAUCCUCAGUUCCGAUCCAAAAUAAAGCAUUUGCAUCUUGUGAUUAUUGCGAAGUAUGCAGACGUACAACGUUACGGACAGCACGAUGUACUGAAGCCGCUGCUGACGGACCUUUUGACGCUGCAACACGAGGGACUUAGCAUUACAAGAAAUGGUGCUGUGUUGACUGUUAAUGUAAUCGUUAAUGCCUUCAUUGGAGACAAUCUCUCCAUGAACAAGUUAGGCGGUUUUACUACAUCGUUCUCCAGUGGAAGAGUGUGCAGAUUUUGUAUGGCACAAGCAGGAGACCUCACAGCCUUGACCAGGGAAGAAUUGUGCGUACUUCGAACCAAGGCAGCUCACCAAAAACAUCUUGGUGCAAUUGCAUCUAAUCCGGAAAUGAAGAAACUAUAUGGUGUCACUGAGCCAUCUCCGUUGUUGGCACUGAACUACUUUGACGUUACAGCACAGUUGCCACCUGACCUAAUGCAUGACAUUUUUGAAGGGUCUUUAGCAUACGUCAUACACCAUGUACUGCAGGGGCUGGUUGCGGAUUGUGUUCUUCGUCCCUCGGACAUAGAAAAGGUUGUUCACUUUCGUUAUGGUGUCAACGACAAGAAGAAUAGGCCAGAAGCUAUCAGUGAGACAUUUCUGCGUGAUUACCAUGCCCUGCGAGGCACUGCGUCACAAAAAUGGUGUCUGUUUCGCUUACUACCUCUCAUCAUAGGUUCCAGCAUUCCUGAAGGAAAUGACCAUUGGUGCAUCUACCUAGCAUUUCGUGAAGUUGUGGAUCUACUCCUUGCUGAGGAAGUGCCAAUAGAGUGUGUACCUUACCUGGAGGUCCGAAUACAGGACUUCCUCAUUGCUUUCGUCGCACAGUACACUUCAGCGCGUCUUAUACCGAAGUUGCACUACCUCAUUCACUACCCGAGAUUCAUCGUACAUUUUGGGCCUUUAAAACAUUACUGGUGCAUGCGAUUCGAGGGGAAACAUCAAUAUUUCAAGACCAUUGCUUCUAGGGUGAAGAACUUUAGGAACAUAUGUAAAACACUUGCAUCGAGGCACCAGCUUGCACAAAGUUAUUGGCUUUAUGGCCGUUCUUUAGAUUACAGUCUCACAACAACUGGUGCUAAACAAGUAGAUCUCUCAGCACUUAAGCCUUGUGUAGCCGAAUUGGCAGAGCAGGGCCUAGUGUGGGAAGUGAGAUUUGCAGCUAUACAAAAUGCAACGUACCACACAGGGGACAUUCUUAUCCUGAAGAAAGGUGAGAACCCAGAGUUCUCCCAGGUGACUGCAUUGUACGUAAUAUCUGGGAAGCUGUACCUGCUUAUAGAAGACCUUCAUGUUGACGGUUUUCGCAGGCACAGGUACUCGUACAAAGUGCGCAAAACUGAUUACUUUCGAGUAACUCAGCCUUGUCAGGAAGCCUCCUAUCAACGACUAGACUUGUACAUCGGCUGUGAGGUAAUGCCUAAUUGUGAAAUUUCAUUUUGCGAAUGA